CUUGGUGGGGGGGCUGACGGGAAGCGGAAGUGCUCGGGGGACCAGAGAGGGUGGGCCCCGCCAGCACAGGCUGUGGUGACCUGCCGCUGAUCUUUGGGGCCUUGACAGAGAAACCUCCAUCCGACAGAGCAGUAUGGCAGUGUCCCAGGAAUCACUGAGCUUCAGGGAUGUGUUUGUGGACUUCACCCUAGAGGAGUGGCAGCAGCUGGACUCUGCUCAGAAGAACCUCUACAGGGAUGUCAUGCUCGAGAACUACAGCCACCUGGUGUCUGUGGGGUAUCUAGUUGCCCAAUCAGAUGCGAUCUUCAGCUUGGGACAAGGAGAAGAGGCCUGGGGGGCAGACAGAAGACCCCAGAUGAGGAGCUUUCCAGGUGAGCACACACCAGAUGUAUCCAUUUUUGCCUCAUGUAUUUUGAAGUGCUGUUAUUAGAAGUCUGGCAAGUUGAUGGGUGGAUAGAUAACUACAAGGAAAGCCAAGACAACCCCCUGUGACAACCUGCAUUCAGAGAUGAGGAAAUACUGAAGGAUUAAAGGGGCCAAGAAUGUACAGCAUACAGAAAAAUCAUAUAUGUGAGCACAGACUUUGUUUCUAUAAUUCAAAGACCCCCUAAAUAUUAUUCAUGGAGAAAGUGUUCAACAUAAUUUAAGCUUUCUUAGUUAAAACAAAAGCUAUGUAAGAAAGAUAAUGGGUGUAAAGCAUAUUGGAAAUUAUACCUCUGUUCCAAACUUGAUAAAGCAGGGAAACUUCAUAAACCUGCAGAGAAAUUAUUUGAAACCAAUCAACAAGGAAAAACUCUGCACCAUAAGCAAGCCUUUAAUAAAAGGUAGAAUGUUCAAGCUGGGGAGAAACUCUAUGAAUGUGGAAAAAUACUUAUUCAGAAAGCACACCUUGUUGUACAUCAAAGAACUCACACUGAAGAGAAGCCUUAUUAUGAAAGCUCUGAAUGUGCAAAAGCCUUCAGCCAAAAAUCAACCUUCAUACACAUAAAAUUGAAAAGCCCUAUGAAUGCAGUGAAUGUGGGAAAACCUUUAUCUAGAAGGCAUCACUCAUUAAACAUUAGCAGAUUCAUACAGGGGAGAAACUUUAUGGAAGUAAUGAAUGUGGAAAUUCUUUCAGUGUGAAAUCAACUAUCAUUGAACAGCACAGAACUCCCACGGGAGAGAAGUCCUGUGAGAGCAGAGACUGUGGCAAAGCCUUCAAGGGAAAGACAUAUCUCAUUAAAAAUCAAGUCAUUUGGGAGGUAACAUGUAAAACCUGUGAAUAAACCUGUAAGUGGGAUAACUAUCCAUUAGUUUUACAUUGUCAUACUAUGCAUCCAAAUAUUCAUUCAAAAUAAUUCUGCAAAUCAUGAAUCAGUCUUCAGAAAAUUAUGUACACUUUAUUAGAUUUAGGAAAACUCAAUAGUAUCAUAUUCAAAACAUGGAAUAAACAUGAUAAAUUCUUCACUCAGAAGUUGUAAUGUACUGUUCAUCGAAGAAUUUAUGAAGGGUCAAAAUCAUGAAUUAGUAAAAAUUUAUAAAGCCUUUGGAAAGAAGUUUAAUGACAUUUUAUAUCAGCACUUACAUUUAGGAGACUCAAUUUAGACUAAAGUCACAGAGCCCAGUUUUUCUGUACAUUACUAGGAAGAUCGUAUCCCAGAUGUGACAUACAUUUUCUAGAAAAAAAAUCACGAUUUUAUUAUUACAUAAAAAUUAUACAUUAGAAACAUUUUCUUUGCAGACUUGGUUAUAAAGCUGUUAAAAGUAUAAAUAUGCCAGAAAGACAGAGAAAAAACAUAAUCCUUGUUAGGUCAGCCUGCAGAUUAGCCUAUAAUAAAGAAUCCCUAAAUAGAUUAGUUUGAGAGAGGAUGAACAGGCAGGACCCCCCCAAAAAAAGAGAACCCAAGCAGGAGAUCUUACACAUAUUUUAAUCUAUCAGUUCAAAUGUACAAAUAUAGACAAAGUUUAUACCCUUUCGGGAUGCUUUGCCUAAAACAAUGGUAAGAAUUUAUUCAGUCUUAAUUAAUUUAUGAUAGGACAUUAGGUUCAAAGUUUUAGGAAAGAUCCUGUAAGAACAAUGUUAAUUGAAAUAAAAAUUAUAAGCAAUCUGAAUAUCCAAUGGUAUGUGACUCAUGAUACAUUGACAGUUUAGAACAGUAUGCUGGCAUUAAUCAAGAAUUUUGGAAAUUUCAAGAAAGGUGACAAAAUUGUGCUUUAUGAACUAUGUUAUAAAAUGACAUAAAGAGUAUGCACCAUUAUGAUUUCAGUAUCUGUGUUGUGGGAAUAUAAGCAAAUCUUUUAUUAGUAAAAUUAUAGACCUGUGAUAAUUUA